AUGGUCGACACUUCCAAUGUGAGCAAAGCACACGAGGAACUGGCAGAAGUGCACGAAGUGGCAAAGUCAUUGAAAUGCAUGACUUCUGUCUUGGACAAGCAAUUAGGACGUCUUGAAGCCAAAUGCGCGCAAAGUCUGAAAGGGAUUAUCGAAGACAUCAAUCGAUGUCUGCAGAGGUUGGAAGAGGAGGUCAAACAGGCCAUCUCCGAUCGUGAUCCGCGUUCUCCACCGGAUCCGAAAGGUGAGCAGAUCGUGGGCUAUCAAGCUCCGAUCUCUUUGCCGAUACGGCAUCGCGGCGCAGACGCGGAUGAGGAGCACAGGCGAUCCUUCGACGAUUCAGUGCAAAAAGAAAGGUCGUUGGAAGAUGAGCAAGUGAUGCUAUCAGAAGGCGAUACUCCGUCACCAAAGGCUGAUGAUGCCGGAGCGCUUGCACCUUUCAAAACGCCGCGAGAAGUCUGCCUUGUGGAUCCAAGCUGGACGAGCAAGCUGGUGUGGGAUAUUUACGUAAUGCUUGUUGUCCUGAUGGAUGCAAUGGUGCUGCCUUUCCAGCUGUCGUUCAAGAAUAGCUAUGACCCAGAUGGAUUUGAUGACUUUUGGUUUUGGCUCACAACGAUGACCUUCAGUGCGGAUAUCAUCGCAAGCUUUAACACGGCCAUCCCUCGUGGCGACGAUGUUGAUGUUGAUGACGCCAAGGAGACUCUCAUUGUCGAGCGCCGGGUUAUUGCUGUUACAUACCUCAGGGGGUGGUUUGUGCUUGAUUUCAUCAGCACGGUACCCUGGAGCCGCAUAGUCGACACCAUGGUAGGACCUGGUGGUGGGCCCAUGGUCACCGUGGCAAAACUUGCCAAAGUGUUGAAAUUUAUUCGCAUAAUCCGCUUGAUGAAGAUGCUUCGUGCGAAGAAGCUCAAAGAUAUUUGGGAACAGGUGGAGAAGCGAAUCGGUUCAGUUGCCAUCGUGCAGGGGAUGAUGCUCAUCCGCGUAUUGCUGGUAGUCGUUGGCAUUUGUCAUUGGAAUGCGUGUCUCUUCUGGAUUGUCGGGGCAAGAGAGAGCAUCGUCACGGACUUCAUGCCUACGACUCUGAAAGAUCAAUUCGAUCGAAUGCCACAUUGGACGACCAUCUCCAGGAGUGAUGCCCCAGAUCUGGACCCGUGGACCUAUGAAAGAAAACCAAUGUUUGAGCAAUACAUCUUCUGCUUCUACUGGACUCUUGGGGUCAUGCGAACUAUGCCAGCCGAAGUGACUCCAGUCAACGCCGUCGAGCGUGUCUUCGUCCUCUGCUUCAUGUUCUUUGCAUUAUCGGCUUUUGCCGUAUCCGUUGCCUCCCUGACGCAAGCCUACUUCAAAAUCAGUGAGCGCGGCCGGAGCUUUAAUGAUGAGAUGUUCGCAAUCCGCAUGCACCUCCACAAACUUCGAAUGGAGGAGACAUCACAGCGGAAGAUCAAGGAGUACCUCCACCACAAGUUCACCCGCCGGCGGAUCAUGGCCAAGGAGGCGAACUUACUCAAAGAGCUCCCUAUAGCUCUAAAGGAGGAGGUGGAGAAUGCAAAGGUGCUCCAGCAAGUGCACCAUCUUCCAUGUAUGCAAGGCUUAUCCAAAGAAGCGCUCAAACAAGUUUGCAAAAGUGCAGAGUUCCUUGACAUUUUGCCGGGCGAGCAUCUGGUUUGCGCUGGAGAUGUCACACACUGCGCCUGGGUCGUUUGCUCCGGGACUAUCAAAGUUGAGGAUGUAAUGGGACAGAAGUGCGUUGUGGAUGGAGAUCCACCGGUGAUUAAUGCGGAAUGCCUUCAACAACAGGAGCCUUUUCGAUCACCCACCACCGUCACAACCACGAGUACCUGUGAGCUAUACAAGCUAGAGAAGACGAAGUUCUUCGAAAUUGCAGCCCACCACUUGACGAAGCAGCCCAAGAUGAAGCGUCAGCAGUCUGGCCCGACUGCUCUCGUUGUGGAAGAAGCGACAGAUCGGGUCACAACACCUCAUGCAUCUGCUGGCGCAGCUGCUGCAAUUUCAGCUGGCUGA